AUGGCCAUCAUGGGCUUUUUGGUAUUCUUCGCCUCAAUGGCAUCACUCCAAGCCAAUGCCUCUCCCCUGCUUCAAAAGCGAGACCAGGACCCGGGGACAGCAUGCUCCCCCGAGGGUCAGUGGUCCUGCCAUCCAGACACCUUUCAGCGCUGCGCGUCUGGGCAGUGGAGCGUGGUCAUGGAUCUCGCCGAGGGCACCAAGUGCAGCCCAGAUGGGCUGUCGGACGAGAUGAGCAUUGAGCAUGACGGGAGUGUCAACGGCCAAGGGGGCCAAGAUACAAAUGCAGGAACGCCGCAGUCCAGUGGCGCCCGAUGCAAAGGGGCUAUUGGAUUGGCUUUGGCGGUGCUGGGGAUGGUGGCCGCCUGGGAGUCGUGA